AUGGGAUAUAUAGGGUCACAUGGAAUAGCAGCACUUCACAGAUACAAAUAUAGUGGAGUAGAUCACUCUUAUGUUGCUAAAUAUGUGUUGCAACCUUUUUGGAGCCGUUGUGUUAACUUCUUCCCUCUUUGGAUGCCACCGAACAUGAUUACGCUUAUGGGAUUUAUGUUCUUGGUGACUUCUGCUUUGCUUGGAUAUACUUUUGAUGCUGUUGACGGAAAGCAAGCUCGGCGGACAAACUCGUCGAGUCCAUUGGGGGAACUUUUUGACCAUGGAUGUGAUGCGCUGGCUUGUGCAUUUGAAAGCCUGGCCUUUGGUAGCACUGCCAUGUGUGGAAGAGAUUCUUUCUGGUUCUGGUUUAUUUCAGCUGUGCCAUUUUAUGGUGCAACAUGGGAACACUUUUUCACCAAUACUCUCGUUCUUCCAGCAGUUAAUGGACCUACAGAGGGUCUAAUGCUAAUAUAUGUGGCUCAUUUUUUUACAGCCUUAGUUGAAAUCCCAACUUACAGAGUCGUGCUGUUUUUAAUGGCAGCUUUUGCUGUUAUACCCACAUUGGCAUUCAAUGUGUCCAAUGUCUACAAUGUUGUUCAAGCAAGAAAAGGCAGCUUGUUACUGGCUUUAGCAAUGCUUUACCCUUUUGUUGUGCUCGUUGGUGGAGUCCUAGCAUGGGAUUAUCUGUCUCCAUCUGAUCUAAUGGCAAAUUAUCCUCAUUUGGUUAUAUUGGGAACUGGACUUGCAUUUGGGUUUCUUGUGUCUCUGCUCUAUCUACCAUUUGCCAUCGCAAAUGCACUCGCAGCCAGACUGAAUGAUGGAGUUGCUUUAGUCGAUGAGUUCUGGGUUCUUCUUGGUUAUUGUGUAUUCACAAGUACGCACCUGUUACCUUGUUUUGCUAAUGCAUCUUUGGUCAUAUGUUUUAUUUGCUUGUUUAUACUAUUGGUGUGGGACUCUAUUUGCACUUCGCGACUUCUGUCAUCCAUGAAAUUACAGCAGCUCUGGGAAUCUGCUGCUUCAGCUGGCAAUUUUGGAGAAACGGGGCAAGCAAUUUGGCAUGUCAUUUUUGGUUUAACAUUGAUGAAUAGCAUUGUAACUGGAUCUAGUGCACUAGGCUGGAGGGAUGAGAAUGUGUAUUUUGGAUCAGGACCUGGAGGCUUGUACUGUAAAUACAGGGAUACAUCCUUCGAAGCUGGGGUUGUCGGGGAGCGUAAACCCGUUGUUAUCGUCAACACUGGGGAGAUCUCGUUUACCUAA